UUAAAUGCAAAUUGUUGCCGGGGCCCGGAGGCUGUUGACAGCGAGACUUGCAGGGCGCCGUGCCGCUGGGAGCAGAGCGGGGUCAGGCCGCCGCCGCCGGCUCCUUCAGGUCAGUUUAUCCACACGGGAGCAACUUCUGUCUGCAUUUGAAUAGCUGGAGAAAGGGGCUGAAAGACAGGGGCUUUGUCUCCCUUGUGAACAGUGUCUCCUUCUUUCAGUGCCCAGAGGUUCCUUGCUGCGUGUGUUACUGAGCCUGCAACUGGCCCCCGCCUGGGGAUCGAGUUCUCAAGAUGGAAGACAAGAAGAAGAAGAGGAGUCCAAAGCCUGGCUUAGCUCAGCCUGUGUCAUCCAGUGCUCUGCGCAAGCUGCCCGUCCCCACCAGCAAAAGCACCACCUUCUCUCUGGGGCUGCCUCACCUGCCCUCACCAAAGCAACGGGCCAAGUUCAAAAGGGUGAACAAAGAGAAAUCUCGUUUGCCUCAGCCUGGGGGUAGUGGGGGCGCGGCACUGGGGGCCCCUCUGCAGCACUCCUUCCUGACUGACGUCUCGGACGUUUAUGAGAUGGAGGGGGGGCUGCUGAACCUACUCAACGACUUCCACUCGGGCAAACUGCAGGCCUUUGGAAAGGAGUGCUCCUUCGAGCAGCUGGAGCACGUCCGGGAGAUGCAGGAGAAGCUGGCGCGCCUGCACUUCAGCCUGGAUGUCUACGUGGAGGAGCUCUCUGAGGACCAGAAGAAGACAGUGGCAGAUAGGAACCUAGAUCAGCUGCUAACGAAUUUGGAAGAGCUCAGCAACUCCAUCCAAAAACUGCAUCUAGCGGAGAAUCCAGACCUGGAGGACGCUGCCACUGCCUAGCUGAAAAGACUGCCUGGUGCCUCCAUAGAUAACAGAGGGCAGCAUUGAGAAUUCUGGAGCCAAGGGAAAGCUCCACCAGCUUGAAUCCGUCAUGUCCACCUCUGAACUGUACAGAAAUGUAGGGGUAUAAAAGGAAGGACACCCCUAAGAGAAAGGGUUUUGGGGGUGGGCUGGGCUGGGAGAGGGGCAUGUUGUCCAAUGAUUUUUGUAUCAAAAUCCAGAAUUUCUAGAGCAUCCGAAAAGGCCAACAUUGUCAAGGUAACUUGAAAAGUAAACAAGAAAAUUUUAGAGGAAAGACUGGGAAUCAGUGUGCUGGGUUCUCUUUCCUGGUCUGUUCCCAGCUCACCGUGUGACCUCGGGCAAGUCGCUGCACCUCUCUGUGCCUGAGUUCCCUGCCCCCCCUCUUUUAAAUGGGGUUAAUUAUACUUAAGCAACCUUGUAUAAAGCUCUUUGAGAUUCCUGGAUAAAAGGUGCCAAUCCAAACAAAGCAUUAUUAAGGGGAGAUAGAGCCUUUCGUUUUCUGGGCUGUUGCUUCCACUCUGAUUCAGUUUGGACCAUUAGAGGGGCGUGUGUGAAAUGAGUUCGGUGGGUUUCAGUCAGGUUCCUAGUGGACAAACAGCUGUAACUGGCUUCCUUGUUGACUGUCCUCCCAGCAGAAUGAUCAAGGCCUGGAAGGCCAUGAAGAUUGAACUCCCCUCUUUCCUCGCUCCCAGACCUUGUCUCUCCAAGACAGGGUGGUGAAACGGUGGAAAACUACAGCCACUAGCUAUGCAGGACAUUUAAAAUCUCUCUGGCUCCAGCCCUGUGGAUCUGGCAGUUGUCACCAGCCUGAAACUACCUGAAAUGUAAACAUAGAAGUGGCAGCCAAGAAAAGCUCAGUAAAGGCUUUUACUGGUUUAGCUUCUACCUGUUCUAAAAUGCAGCGGCCAACACGGAACUGAAACCAUGCAGGAGAAGUAUGAUCACUUGAAACGAAACAGGUUUUGGGGCUUGCAGAAAAGUUUCUGCUAAUAGUGUAACAAGUCAUUCACCGAUGCUGCUAUCUGAUCCUUUUCCUUCAACAUUUUUUAAUGGUUGAGUUUUUGCAACAAUAACUUUUUUUUGCAUUGAGGCCUAUAACUACCCCUCUUGCAAAAUACCCCAGGCCUUUUAUGGAAAUUCUUUCUAUGGGAGCUGGGUAAUAUUUCCUUUCCAACAAGGAUAGAAGUGAUGGCUUUGCUAGACCAGAGACCACAAAUAAGAAGAGAGGAGUUUAAACAACUAACAUUUCCACGCUUGCACGCACAUCCAGUCUUAAACAGCUAAGUUGCUUCAAUUUGACACUGAAGGUGAAUAGUGAGUGUAUGUUUACAUGUCAGAAUGUUUUUCUAGUAGUAGAAUGUAACACUCAAUAAUGAAAUUGUAAUGUAAUAAACUAGUUGUGGUA